AUGACUUCCUACCUUCCCACAGCUGUUACGCAGCCGUUGGCGCGCGGCGUCGACUUGCUUCGGGGGACCCUUGGAGGCAUGUCCUGGGGCCCAGCUUUGUCUGUUUCCAAAGCAGCUGUCACGUCUCUCCUAAGUAAAAUAGAAGUCGGACAGCUGGUUAUUGUCGAUGAAACGAAUGGGCAAACGACUACUUACGGGCAAAAGAUCGCAAAGGAACAUUCCAGAAAAUCCAAUGGCGUCAAUGGUGUUCAUGGCGCAUCGAAGAGGGCGGGAGUGAUCCGUAAAGCCGAAUUGGUAGUCAAGAGGGAGGCGUUCUGGGUGCGAUUGUUUCUGUUUGCCGAUAUGGGAUUCGCGGAGGCAUACAUGUUGGGGGACUUUGAAUGUGAAGAUUUGACGAGCUUUUUCGAGAUCUUCAUCCUGAACCGUAGCCAGCUUGCCAAUGCAACGACACUGACUUCCUCGAUUGCCGCGACCAUAACUGGACUUGCGAGGAGCACCAACACACUUUCCAAUUCCUUGUUAAAUGUGUCAGCCCACUACGACAUCAGCAAUGAGAUGUUCGCCGCUUUCCUGUCCGAAGACAUGACCUAUUCUUGCCCGAUCUGGAAACCUGUUUCCAGUGCUGAUGAGACAGAAGAAACCCUAGAAGCUGCUCAAAUGACGAAAUUGAACCGAUUCAUAGACGGCGCGCAUAUUAAACCUACAGACCAUGUUCUGGAGAUCGGUACUGGCUGGGGAUCUUUCGCGAUAGAAGCAGUGAAGAAGACUGGAUGCAGAGUCACUACUCUAACACUGUCAAUUGAGCAGAAGGCACUGGCCGAGAAGAGGAUUGCGGCAGCUGGAUUCACGGAUAAGAUCGAAGUGUUGCUCAUGGACUACAGAGCACUGCCAACUCCCAAAGUGCUAUAUGACAAAGUCAUUUCCAUCGAAAUGUUGGAAGCAGUAGGAGCGGAAUACCUUGAAACCUAUUUCUCUUGCAUACAUCGGCUUUUGAAGAAAGACGGCAUUGCGGUCUUCCAAUGUAUCACGAUGCCAGAAGGACGAUACGAAGCAUAUGCAAAAGGAGAGGAUUUCAUUCGGAAAUAUAUCUUCCCCGGCGGUCAUCUGCCAUCUAUCAGCCAGCUCGUGGAGAAUAUUAGCAAGGGAUCGGAAGGAACGCUUGUUGUGGAAAAGAUCGAGAAUAUUGGAGGCCACUAUGCAAAGACGUUGCGGUUGUGGCGCGAGGAGUUCGUCAAAAACUUUGAGUCACGGAUCCGGCCGGCCUUGAUGAACGAGCACGAUAAUAUGGGUGAGAAGGAGGUGGAAGUGUUCCGUAGAAAGUGGAUCUACUAUUUCGUCUAUUGUGAGGCUGGUUUUGCUACCAAGACCCUGGGGGAUGCCAUUAUUACCGUAGGCAGAGAAGGCGCCAUGGAGUUGAUGGAGGGGAUCCCAUUAUGA